CCUUCCAGAAAAAGUACCGGAGCGCCGUUCAAAUUUCCGGUAGAUGUGCUUACGCUGUAACCUAUCGUUCGCAACGUAUAUAAUGCAAAUCCUCGGUUCGCUUCGCCACGUUGUUGGAAACGUGUCAGGAACAGUUGAGUGAAUCGAGCUGCAGACGCUGUGUCAUCUGCUUCGCUGUUUCGUUUGCCCGUCCAGCGCGUCCAGCUGAAUUGAACAUUCUGGAAAGAGCUCAAUGCUCAUUUUCCCGGCCGUUGUGGCUCGAGAUAAGCGUGUUUGAUUGGCGCCAAGCAUUGAAAGCACGGAAUUGCAACAUGGACAAAGGAAAUAGAACAGACUGAGAACACAACACCGUAGUUAGGGGUGUCAGUGUCGUCAGACUGUGAGUGACGCAGUUCUGCAGCAUGAGUUCUGUGAUUACGAUACCGGCAGUCUCGUACGGUACCAUCACCGAUGAGAGCUCUGAGCUCAUGCCGAAAGCUGAGUGCCAGAAGUCUUUCCUGGGGAAGCUGAGGGAAGCAACGGAAGAUGGUCCAUCGGAAACGCUGGUUGCGAUAUUCGAAGCGGGUUCCACGCACGUGCUGCACGUUGCAACGAUUGUGCUGAAGCUGAUACUUUGCAUACCCAUGGUAGCCAUAGGCUUCGAACACAUGGGAGACUGCCCUCUGGAACCUGCUCUGCCCUUCAUGCUCAUGAUAGGAGGCGUCAUUCUCAUCCUCACCGUGCUGUUGUCACGAAAACCUACACAUGAUAGUAGAGACAUCGCGGAUUCCUACACGAAUUUCAUCACAGCCGCAAGAGUCUGCACAGCAUUUGUAUUGAAUGGAUCACUCGUAGGGAUCUUCAUCAUAGCCUGCUUCCUGGUGUACCCGAACGUAUGGCCUGGGUUCAGCGUCACCGAUGGGAGCAAUUACUGCCAUCCAGUGAUCUUCCUGUUCUCCUUCUGGUUACUCAACUUGACCCUGGCUCUCAUCCUCAUCAUUGCCGUUUUCGUCCUGUGCAUCUUGUGUUACAUACACAUUUUCGUCACCGACCAUGUUCCAGCUGAUGCAGAUGAGUGAGACAAUAGUGAACGCGAAAGGCCAUGUUGGGUUGUGACAUUUGUCGUCUUGACGACGCCAAACAAAGGUCUGAUUAAAUUAAGCGCACACAGCAAUUGC